CCGCGGGGGUGGCUGGGGGAUCCAGGGCACAGUUGCCCAGCAACAGGUGGUGCCCUCCCUUCCGCCCUCAUCUAAGGCAACUGCCCGGCGUCCUCCGCUCACACAGGCACGGGUGGCUCUGAGGGAGAGCCAGGAGCUCAGGGACCAUUGGAGGUGAGGUGAAACGGGCAGGAGGCCCCUGCAAAUGCGGCCGGGGGGUGGGGGGGCGGCAGUUGCUGGGGCCAGAGAGAGGCCAUCCGAGACAAACAAGGGAGACAGAGUUGGGCAGAGACUGGGCAGAGCCGGAGAGGCAGGGACAGGAGCAGAGGUGGCACCUGAGACCAGGCACCACAGCAAACCUGGGGAGCCUCUGCAGAGAGCAAGACCAACUCCCGAGGGACUUGAGGGCAAAGGAGCGUCCAGGGUGCCACCGAGGUGGAGGAGGUGAAAGUGGCCAGGAGCGGGACACACAUGCUGGGCAGAGCUGGGAAUGGAGGCUCUCAGUUCCUCACUCAGCAACUUCCUCUUCUAAGAAGACCCGAAGGGGCUGAGAUGGUGGGGGUGGGGCCGGCAGGGGGAGGGACGAAGACCUUGGGGCCCUUGGACGUUUGUCUGAGGCACCCUGGAAUCUGGGAGGACCGUGCGGCUUCAGGGACGGGGCUGAGGAUGCCGAGCAGGAGGGCCUGGCUGCAGACCCAGAUGCCUCCGACGCCAGAGCAGCCCUCCGGGCCCAUGGAGGAGCCCCUGGCAUUGGCAGCCUCCUCAUGGCCCCCGCUGCCCUGUGGGCCCUGCGUCCCCAUCAUGCUGGUCCUGGCCGCCCUGGCCGCCGUCUUCCUCCUGACCACAGCCGUGUUGGCCGAACGCCUGUUCCGCCGCUCCCUCCGCCCAGACCCGGGGACCCUCGCGCCCACCCUGGUUUGGCGCCCGGGGGGAGAACUGUGGAUCGAACCCACAGGCACCCCCCGAGAGCGCUCGGAGGACUGGUAUGGCUCCUCAGUCCCCCUGCUGAUGGACCGCGCCCCAGACCCACCCACCUUGGGGGGCACCUUGGAGGCACGAGCUACAGCUCCACCUGCCCCCAACUCCCCUCGCAACUCCUUGGUCCCCCAGACCCCGCCCCAGGCCCCAGCCCGCAGCACCUUCUGGAGGCCCCAGGUCUGGGAAGAGAGGCCCCACGCCCCAGGCCUGGUGAGCUGGGCCGAGCCUGAACAGAGGCCAGAGGCCAGUGGGUACCUGGGGAGCCCCCAGGCCCGGAGGCAGCGGCCAGGAAGCCCUGAUCCCGAGUGGGGCCUCCAGCCUCGGGUCACCCUGGAGGAGAUCUCAGCUUUCUGGAGGCGUGAAGGCCGGACCAGCGUGGGUUUUUGACCCCCAGGGCCUGGAGGACUGGCCCCCAGAGGCCUCUGAGACUUCUGAGAGCCCGAGCCCACACCUGAGGGCAUCCCCACCCCAGGCAAGAAUGCCUCUCCCAGGCUGUUUACUUUGGGGGUUUCAGUUCCUUUGGAUCUGGGCCUGGGCAGCCUGGGUGUGGAUGGAGCCUGUGCUGCAGAGAAGCUUGGAGUGGCCUUUGCUCAGCUGCCAAGGGCUGCGGCACAGAGAACUGGACUUGGGGCCAGCUCUGGGCCUGAAGCUGCCAAAAUCACAUUCCGAAUUAAGAACUCAAGGUACCAGACAGGCAGGAAAUAGCACAUCCACCCUCCUUCAGCAGGCACCUAAGAUGCCCGCGUUGUGAAGGGUACCAUGGAUGCUGAAGAUUCGUCGAGUGUGGCAAUGACGGGUGUCAGCCUUGCUAGCAGGAAAUGACAGAUAUUCAGCUUCCCAGAGCCACGCCGCCCCUCCAGAACAACACCGACAGAGAGCUCAAGACCAGGCAAAAGAGCAUCUUAUUACCGUCAAACCGUGGUUUUCACCCCCACCCUGCAAAAAGAGGUCCCCUCUCUCUCUUUUUUCCCCCUUUUUAGCGCUGCACCUGCGGCCGAUUAGGGGUCCAAUCGGAGCUGUAGCCACCGGCCUACACCAGAGCCACAGCCACACCAGAUCCGAGCCGCAUCUGCGACCUACACCACAGCUCACGGCAACGCCGGAUCCUUAACCCGCUGAGCAAGAGCAGGGAUCGAACCCGCAACCUCAUGGUUUCUAGUCGGAUUCCUUACAGAUGAGCCACAACAGGAACUCCCCAAGAGGCCCUCUCUUGCCUGCAGCUGGGGCCUGGAGUCUGAAAAGCCCAGCAGGUGUCGUGUCCUCUCUUGAGGCCACCAACCCAUGAGCCCUCUGGAUCUUACCCUUCACAGUGAGGGUGGCCCUGGGCCAAGGAGAGCUAGGUUUGGUCCAGUAUGGAGAGGGACACAUUCCCGGGAAAGGGCAGCUCCCCAAACGGGGCCUCUGGCCAUCUUCCACCCCAGCAUGCUGGAGUGGUCCAGAGAAACAGAUGUGCACCAAGACGGGCUUACUUACAACGCCCCACCCCGCAGAAACGGAGCCCUAGUCUCUGUAUCAGCUGACCUCCCCUUUGGGCGAGGAGCCAUGGGUUGGGGGAGGCAAAGGAGUUUCCAUUCCCUGGGGUCUGACUUCCCAAACUUGGGUCCUGAAUGUUAGGCUGUUUGCCCUAUCAGCGUACCACCUGCACAUUUUUUUCUUUAAAUUGGUUUACUGUUUUCUUAAUAAAUUUGUUUGACAAGG